AUGGAAGAGGGCUCUGGCUCCCCGCUGUCCCCCGCCGACAGCCUGGCCACCACCAGCGAGGAGGAACCGGAGCGCCGGCGGCCCAACAAGCGCUGCACUCGUAAGCGGAGGCCCAGCAAGAAGUCCGGCGACGACAGCGGCAGCGGCGGCGGCAGCCCGGCGCCCCUCAAGCGGACCAAGAAGCCCAGCCCGGCUGGUUCCACCGGGUCCGGGGGCGCUCAGUCCUACGAAGAGCUCCAGAACCAGCGCGUGCUUGCCAAUGUGCGCGAGCGCCAACGGACGCAGUCCCUCAACGAGGCCUUCGCGUCACUGCGCAAAAUCAUCCCCACACUGCCGUCGGACAAAUUGAGCAAGAUCCAAACACUCAAGCUGGCGUCGCGCUAUAUCGACUUUCUGUGUCAGGUGCUGCAGAGCGACGAGAUGGACAAUAAGAUGUCCAGCUGCAGUUACGUGGCCCACGAGAGACUCAGCUACGCCUUCUCCGUGUGGAGGAUGGAGGGCGCCUGGUCCAUGUCCGCCUCGCACUGA